GGCGUGGUGGCGGCAGCAAGCUGCGCUGCGCGGCAGAGCCCCGCUGGUGUCCGGCGGCGGCAGCUCCUCCUUCCGCUCCGCGCGGCCCUACGGGACCGGUGAGCGGCCCCGAGCCAGCGGGAGGAGAACCGUCCUGAAACGCAUCGCCCUCUGGUCGGAGCAGGUGUUGUGAGCACCCUCAGAGCAGGAUCCUCAGCGCUGGGCCCGGCGCCGAUGGCAGACGAUGUCGACCACUAACAACAUCGCUCAGGCCCGCAAGCUGGUGGAGCAGCUCCGCAUCGAGGCCGGCAUCGAGCGCAUCAAGGUCUCCAAAGCCUCUUCGGAGCUGAUGAAUUACUGUGAGCAGCAUGCCCGGAGCGACCCUCUGCUGGUGGGGGUGCCAGCCUCCGAGAACCCCUUUAAGGACAAAAAGCCCUGCACCAUCCUAUAGCCACCCCAGCUGCAGUUUGUGCCCCCCAGGCAGGGCCAGGCCGGACCCGCUGGCACCGCGCAGCGCCGAGGGGUAAAGGCCAAACAUCGGCUGCUGCGCUUCCAUCCGUGGGUGCUGCGGGUUGGGGUGGUGGUGGAGGGUGCUGAGCCGAGGGGGUGAACAUUUCCAAGUAACACAAAAGAAAUAAAAGGGGGUUGGGGGUUGG